AUGCCUCAAUUUGGUCAUUUCAACGUUUUAUUCUACUAUCAUUCACUCUGGAGACGCACCAAAAAAAUUCAAUGAAAUUCAUGACAAUUGGACCGCCAGCCUGAAAUUUAUUAAAAAUGUCCCAGAGCCAAUUGUGAACUUACGGGUCAAUAACAAAGAGCACAAAGGUUAUAUGAUGCAGACGAAUGAAAUCUUGAACGGUACAUUAGGAAAGCAAGGCAAGAAAAAUGAGGAAGACGAGGAUGCAAUGCAGGAAAAUUUUAAUAUCGACUCUAAUCAAAUGCAUAGUGAUGAUGAAUUUACGGAACGAAGUCCAACACGCAAAAAUAAUCUAAAAGGAAACUAG